UUAUAUCCAAAAGAUUCUCUGUAUAUUAUACCUAUGAUGAUUUAAGUAAUAAAUUUACUUAUAAAUUAUAAAACUUACUUUAUAAGUAUUAUAGACAUUGGAUUUUACAUAAUUGCCAUCUAAUGUCGAUUAAUACGUGAGCUCCUUGUUUGUUUUAUCCUUUGAUGAUAUUUUAUCGCAUAUAUAACAGUGGUGCUAGCUUAGUCUGUUUGUAUUACAAUUAGUCUCAGUCCCCAACGACUGGUUCUGUUUUCUCUCUGCUGCUUCGAUUCAUUCACACAACCAUGACUAGCCUUACUAAUGGCGAUGCUGGCUCCCUCAACAAGGUCCCCACGAUCAAGUUCACCAAGCUCUUCAUUAAUGGAGACUUCGUUGACUCUCUGUCAGGAAAGACAUUUGAGACAAUAGAUCCAAGAACAGGAGAUGUUAUAGCGAGGAUAAGCGAGGGAGAUAAAGAAGACAUUGACAUUGCUGUUAAAGCAGCACGUCAUGCAUUUGACAACGGUCCAUGGCCUCGCCUUCCCGGCUCUGAGAGAGCAAGAAUAUUGCUGAAAUGGGCAGAAAUAAUUGAGGAAAACGCAGAAGAACUUGCAGCACUAGAUGCGAUUGAUGCGGGGAAGUUGUACCAUAUGUGUAGGAAUGUGGAAGUUCCAGCAGCGGCAAACACUCUUCGUUACUAUGCUGGUGCAGCCGAUAAGAUUCAUGGAGAGGUGUUGAAAAUGUCUCGAGAGUUCCAUGCCUAUACAUUACUUGAACCACUUGGUGUUGUGGGACACAUUACUCCCUGGAAUUUCCCCAAUACCAUGUUCUACAUCAAAGUCGCUCCUUCUUUAGCUGCUGGCUGCACCAUGGUCCUCAAGCCUGCUGAGCAAACACCCCUCUCUGCUUUGUUUUCUGCUCAUCUUGCUAAAUUGGCUGGAAUCCCAGAUGGAGUGAUCAAUGUAGUGCCUGGAUUUGGCCCAACUGCUGGUGCUGCAUUAAGCUCACACAUGGAUGUUGAUAAGGUCAGCUUUACCGGUUCAACACAAACAGGCCGUGUGAUAAUGCAGGCUGCAGCAAAGAGUAACUUGAAACAAGUUUCACUUGAAUUAGGAGGCAAGUCACCCCUCAUAAUUUUUGAUGAUGCAGAUAUAGACAAAGCUACUGAGCUAGCUCUACUAGGCAUCCUAUAUAACAAGGGAGAAGUUUGUGUUGCAAGUUCCCGUGUGUUUGUUCAAGAAGGGAUCUAUGAUGAAUUUGAGAAAAAACUGGUGGAGAAGGCAAAAGCUUGGGUCGUUGGGGAUCCCUUUGAUCCUAAAGUUCAACAAGGCCCUCAGGUUGACAAGGAACAAUUUGAAAAAGUUCUUUCAUAUAUUGAGCAUGGAAAGAAAGAAGGAGCUACCCUUUUGACCGGGGGUAAAACAGUGGGGAACAAGGGCUACUUUAUUGAGCCGACAAUUUUCUCCAAUAUAAGGGAGGAUAUGCUUAUAGCACAGGAUGAAAUAUUUGGCCCAGUGAUGGCACUGAAGAAGUUUAAGACCACUGAGGAAGCAAUUAAGAGUGCUAACAAUACCAAGUAUGGCCUAGCAGCAGGCAUAGUGACCAAGAAUUUGGAUACAGCAAACACAGUGUCAAGGUCUAUUCGGGCAGGCACUAUAUGGAUCAACUGCUAUUUUGCCUUUGGCGAUGAUGUUCCCUUUGGAGGAUAUAAGAUGAGUGGAUUUGGAAAAGAUCAUGGAUUGGAAGCCCUUCACAAGUACCUACAAGUUAAAUCUGUUGUUACUCCCCUUUACAAUUCUCCCUGGCUUUGAAUGUCUACUGCAUGGAUCUUGGAAAAUGGUCCAUUCUGGCCAUUUCCUAUCAAUUUGCAUCUGCCAUGAGGCAUGGAAAUUCAGUUCUUGAACAGUGGUGUCUAUUAUAUUGUCAACAAGCUGGCCUUUUCCUACUUUUCAGUCAUGCUUUAAUAGAAAAUGUAUGGAAGAAAAAUAGUAAUUUUAUUUUUGUUUGGUUUGUAAUUAAAAGGAAAUAUCAACACAAUUUAACUUAUUGCUUCAACAGAAUA